AUGCUAUUUGCCCAGACCGGUGUAUUGGAGCUGGUAGAUGGCUCUUGCAAGCUUCAAUGCGGUGAAACGACGGUUAUGUGCUCAGUCACAGGCCCCAUAGAGCCUAAAGCUAGACAAGAGCUGCCGGCACAGCUGGCUCUCGAAAUCGUGGUACGGCCGUGCCGAGGUGUUCCCAGCACGCGUGAGAAGCUACUAGAAGAUCAGGUUCGCGGUGUCGUGACUCCUGUGCUUGCUCGGUAUCUUUAUCCCCGACAGUUGGCUCAGCUGUGCUUCCAGAUUUUGGAGAGUGGUGAACCUGAAGAGCUAUAUAGCAGCAAAGAACUAAGCGCGUGCAUUAACGCAGCAUUUCUGGCACUAGUCGACGCAGGAAUCGGUAUUCAAGCUUCCUUCGCUAGUGUAUGUCUUUCGAUUCUUGAAGAUGGCCAGAGACUUUUGGUAAAUCCGUCUCAAGCCGAGCUGAUAGAGUCGCGUUCCACACAUGUGCUUGCACUACAACUGGCAGCAGGCGCCAAAAAGGUCGAAAAUCUGCUUCUGCUGGAAAGUUACGGGGAUUUUGACGAACAAACUUUACUUCAAGUACUACAAACAGGCGAAGAAGCAUGUGUUAAGACCGCGCUGGAAUUACGAAAGGUGAUAGAACAAAAACUCCAAAAAGACUUUGUCUGGCGAUAA